AUGGGUCUUGCGUACAACGUGUACCUCACUUCCAACAAAAUCUUCGGCUGCAAGCAAUGCAAAACGCACCUUGCCGACUACGAUGAUAUCAUCAGCCGAAAUUUCCGUGGUCAACAUGGCAAAGCGUACCUCUUCAAUAACGUUGUCAACAUCACCCAGUCGGAAGCUGUCGAGCGUAGCAUGACCACAGGGCGGCAUAUCGUCCGCGAUAUUUCUUGCAGACAGUGUCGAGAAACGGUAGGGUGGAAAUAUGACAAGGCAUACGAAGCCAGCGAGAAGUAUAAGGAGGGCAAAUUUAUCUUGGAAGAAGAGCUUCUCUGCGUCGUCUGCUGA